AAAAAAACAUACAACACCAGGGAUUCGCUGGUCGUCACCGACCCAACUACUAGUCUGGCCCUUGGUUACUUAUCAAGGGGAGAGCGGACGGGAUCCCGAGUUUUCAGCCAGGUAUGGUCGUAUGUGGGAGUUUGGGUGGUGAUAUCGGUACAAGAAGGCGGCAUUAGUGCCAUCCCUUUCGCCUUUUUGUUAUUGACACUGUGCAGGCCGUUGAACAAGCACUGUACGAACGGCGCCUCUUUACGUGUUUUUCGAGCCGCCGCGAUGGCUACGGUCGGGGUCCCUCAACCGCAGCCCCCACGCCCGAUUCGCCAAAUCCAGGCGUCGUGGCUAGCCUCCCGACCGCCCGGCCCUCCCUAUAACUAA